AUGAGGGCGGCGCUGUUCGGUGCCCAGCGGAACGGGGCUGCGGACCUCGUCGGAGGCGAGAAGACGCUGUUCUGGCAGGAGGGGAAGGCGAAGGCGCUGCUGGAGCCGAGGUUCGUGCUGGACUGCACGCGGAGCCCCAGCCCCAACAACUCAACAUCGACGCUGUCGUCGUCCCUGGGCGGCGGCGCUGCGGACUCGGCCGGCGUGGCGGUGGUUUCGGACGCCGCCGAAGCCACCAAAUGGGGAGCCCCCGGCGAGCACGGCGGCGGCGGGAAGGAGGACUGGGCCGGCGGCUGUGAGCUGCCGCCGAUUCCCACCGGCCUCGACAUGGGGAUCGGCGGCGGCGGCGACAGCUGGGACGCCAUGCUCGGGCUCGGCAACGCCGCUGCGGCGGGGCAGGACCAGACGUUCUUGAACUGGAUCACUGGGGCCGCCGGCGACCUGGAUCAGCCAGGGCCGCCGCUCCCCGUGCACCAGCAGCCGCUCCUUGACAAUGUGGGGUUCGGGUUCCCGGCGGCGGACCCCCUGGGUUUCUCGCUCGAUCCCCACCUUGGCGGCGUUGCCUCGGACAUGUCGUCCCCUGGUGCGGUGUCGCACGCUACCAACAGCGGAGGCGGUGGCAACAACAAGGCGUCCUCGGCCUUCGGCCUCUUCUCAUCGGAGUCUGCUUCCCUCCAGCCGCCGCCGCCGCCGCCGCCUCCGGUGCUGUUCCACGAAGGUAUCGACACAAAGCCCCCUCUUCUUGGUGCGCAGCCGCCCGGCCUCCUCCACCAGUACCAGCACCAGCCGACCCCAGCCACAACCUUCUUCAUGCCCAUCCCCUCCUUCCCCGACCACAAUCAGCAGUCGCCACUCGUCCAACCACCGCCCAAACGUCAUCAAUCCAUAGAUCUCGCCCGGAACCGGCUUCUGCCGCCGCCGGCGGGGCAAGGUCAUGCCUUUCCACCACUAAAUGGCCCUGCUCCAUUCCAGCUCCAGCCUUCGCCACCACCGCCCCACGGGGCGAUGAAGGCGACGGCUGCGGAGGCGGCGCAGCAGCAGUUGCUGGACGAGCUGGCGGCGGCGGCAAAGGCCGCCGAAGUUGGCAAUUCCAUUGGCGCGCGAGAGAUAUUGGCGCGGCUCAAUCACCAGCUUCCCCCGCUCGGGAAGCCGUUCCUCCGCUCCGCCUCCUACCUCAAGGAGGCCCUCCUCCUCGCGCUCGCCGAAGGCCACCACGGCGGCUGCCACCUCACAUCACCACUCGACGUUGCCCUCAAGCUCGCAGCCUACAAGACUUUCUCUGACCACUCGCCCGUGCUCCAGUUCACCAACUUCACCGCAACGCAGGCGCUUCUUGACGAAAUUGUUGGCAGCACAUCGUCCUGCAUCCAUGUCAUCGAUUUUGAUCUUGGUGUUGGAGGCCAGUGGGCUUCGUUCUUGCAGGAGCUUGCACACCGCCGUGGCGCAGGUGGUGCAGCUCUGCCGUUCGUCAAGCUCACUGCCUUUGUAUCGGUUGCUUCCCACCAUCCACUGGAGCUGCGUCUUGCGCGUGACAACAUUGCACAGUUUGCUGCAGACCUUGGAAUUCCCUUUGAGUUCAGUGCAAUCAGUGCUGAUAUGAUCAACCCUGCAGAGCUCAUUUCUGCCACUGGUGAUGAAGUUGUAGCUGUUGUCCUCCCGGCUGGUUGCUCUGCUCGUGCACCACCACUGCCAGCGAUCCUUCGGUUGGUGAAACAGCUGGCUCCUAAGAUUGUGAUAGCCAUAGACCAUGGCGCUGAUCAUGCUGAUCUUCCGUUCUCACAGCACUUCUUGAAUUGCUUUCGAUCUUGCAUGUUCCUCCUUGAUUCGCUUGAUGCUGCUGGCAUUGAUGCUGAUUCUGCCGGCAAGAUUGAGAGGUUCCUGAUUCAGCCAAGAAUUGAGGAUUCGGUGCUUGGGCGGGGCAAGGUUGACAAGCCAAUUGCAUGGAGAAGUGCAUUUGCAGCUGCUGGGUUCGCGCCUGUUCCACCCAGCAAUUUGGCGGAGGCACAGGCCGACUGCCUCCUGAAGCGGGUGCAGGUCCGUGGUUUCCAUGUGGAGAAAUGUGGGGUCGGGCUCACACUAUACUGGCAGCGUGGUGAGCUUGUUACUGUAGCAGCAUGGCGGUGCUGA